AACAGUUUCAAGUCAUUCUUCCACCAUAACAAGCAAAAAUGGACUUUCUCCUAAAUUGCUUAACCUUAAACACCACCACUGUUAUUGCAUCGUUUCUUUCUCUAAUAUUCUUAUUUUUCUGUCUAUAUCGUAGAAUUUCUUCUGAGAAACGGGCUCCAAUAGUGAAAGGGGCAUGGCCAAUACUCGGUCAUCUUUCACUGUUGAAUGGCUCACAAACACCCCAUAAAACUUUGGGUGCUUUGGCGGACAAAUAUGGAGCCUUGUUCACCAUCAAGCUCGGUGUGAAAGAGGCUUUGGUGCUCAGCAACUGGGAAAUGUCAAAGGAACUCUUCACCACAAACGACCUUGCAGUUUCAUCACGCCCUAAACUCGUCGCCGUGGAAGUCAUGUCCUACAACCAAGCCUUCGUAGGGUUGUCUCCAUACGGACCCUAUUGGCGAGAGCUCCGAAAGAUUGUGACUUUUGAGUUUCUCUCCAACCGCAGAAUAGAGCAACUCAGCCACAUUCGUGUCUCCGAGGUUCAAACCUCAUUCAAAGAGCUCUGCAAUUUAUGUGUAGACAACAAGAAACAGAAUGAAUCUAGUUACAGUUGUGCUACUUUGGUGGACAUGAAAGAGUGGCUUGAACAUUUGACUUUCAAUAUAAUAGUGAGGAUGGUGGUGGGGAAGAGGUACUUUGGUGUGGUGCAUGUGGAGGGCAAGGAGAAGGCAGAGAGGUUUAUGAAGAAUUUAGAUGAGUUCAUGAAAUUGAUGGGAACUUUCACUGUGGCUGAUGGGGUUCCUUGCUUGAGGUGGUUGGAUUUUGGGGGCUAUGAGAAGGCCAUGAAAGCAACGGCUGAGGAAAUGGACAAGCUGUUGAGUGAGUGGUUGGAGGAGCACCGUGAGAAGAAGGGUUUGGAUGGAAAGGUCAAAGGUGAUCAAGACUUCAUGGAUGUAAUGAUUUCAGCACUUAAUGGGGCUCCCAUUGAUGGGUUUGAUGCUGAUACCAUUUGCAAAGCCACUACCCUGGAAUUGAUUUUGGGUGGGACUGAUUCAACUGCUGUUACUCUCACAUGGGCACUUAGUCUGCUCUUACGAAAUCCUCUUGCAAUGGAAAAGGCUAAAGAAGAAAUUGACAUGCAUAUUGGCAAAGAUGGAUGGAUAAAAGAGUCAGACAUAAGCAAACUUGUUUAUCUUCAAGCCAUAGUUAAGGAGACAUUAAGAUUGUAUCCACCAGCACCUCUUUCAUCACCUCGUGAAUUCACACAAAAUUGCACCUUAGGUGGCUACCACAUCAAAAAGGGAACUCGACUAAUGCAUAACCUGUGGAAGAUCCACAGAGAUCCCAGUGUUUGGUCAGAUCCAUUAGAAUUCAAACCAGAAAGGUUCCUGAGCACUCACGAACAUGUGGAUCUCAGAGGUCGACAUUUUGAGUUGUUACCCUUUGGAAGUGGGAGAAGAAUUUGUGCUGGAAUGUCCCUUGGCUUAAAUGUCAUACAUUUCACUUUGGCUAAUUUGUUGCAUUCCUUUGACAUCUCAAAUCCUUCGACUGAACCUAUUGAUAUGACCGAGUUCUUUGGAUUUACCAACACCAGAGCUACUCCACUUGAGGUUUUGGUUAAGCCUCGCCUAUCUCCAAACCAUUAUGAAGCUUUGUAAUCCUUAUGUUAGUAGUGUGCAUGUUCUAAAUUAUUGUUGCCAUCGAGGCUGGAGUUUGUCACUAAAAUUUUACAGGUUUGUUUUGCGGCUACAACUGCAGCAGCUGAUUGCAGUUUAAAAGUAGUGAUCUGAGUCUUGAUUUUUAGAUA